AUGCGGCACUUCACCUCCUUCCUUUUUCUUGUUAUUUCUCUUGUGAUACCCAUCGCUGCGUCCGACUACCAUGAACAGCUCGUCCUGAAGCCGCUGCCCUUGUCCGCCCUCCUUGCGAGCUUCAAUUUCCGAUCCAACACAACCCUCUCCCAGUUCGAGGCACACAACUUUCGAUUCUUCCCACGCUCUCUCGCCCAGAUAUUGGAGUACUCGGGCACGAAAGAGCUCCACCUGCGCUUCAGUCUAGGAAGAUGGGAUGCCGAGAGCUGGGGUGUCCGGCCAUGGGGCGGCACGAGAGAAGGGGGGACAGGUGUUGAGCUGUGGGCAUGGCUGGAUGCGGACACAGAAGAGGAAGCCGACAACAAGUGGUUGACCCUCACGAACGCCCUGUCAGGCCUAUUCUGCGCCUCGCUCAACUUCAUCGACGGCACGCGGACCAUACGGCCGAGCAUGUCAUUCCAGCUCGAAGGAGACCACUCUGACGCAGUGGCAUCAAACCUACACCUGCUACACGGGACACUUCCACGGGAAGUGGUGUGCACAGAAAACCUGACGCCUUUCCUGAAGCUGCUUCCGUGCAAGGGGAAGGCCGGUAUUGCGAGUCUGCUCGACGGACACAAAGUGUUUGAUUCUUCUUGGCAGACCAUGGCCAUUGAUGUGCGGCCGGUAUGCCCUGAGGGCGGCGAGUGUGUGCUGGAGAUCGAGCAGUCCAUUGACAUGGUUCUUGACAUCGAUCGAUCCAAGAGGCCCAGAGAUAAUCCCAUCCCGCGUCCCGUUCCCAGUCACGAACUCAAGUGCAACACCUCCAAGGAAUAUCACUCAGAUGAUACUUGCUUCCCCGUGGAGUACAGCAUAGGCCAGGACUGGACCAUCUCGCAAGUGUUUGGCAGGCCUAUCCAGGGAACAUGCCCCUUGGCUGAUGCCGAGGUGGCCCCUGUGUGCUUGGAAGUGCCAGAAAGUCGACCUGUCUGGGUCACCGAAGGUGUCAGCGAGUUCAGAAAAGAGAAUGACCGGAAGCGCUGCUAUAAUGCGAACCCACAGACCACGAUCGACCUCAUCUUGCCCCCGAUUGAGAGAGAAGGCGAAAAUGCUCAGAUCACCACCGAGGAAUAUGUUCAACCGGAUAUUCCUCCACUCUAUGCCGAACGCAGUCUUACCGGGCACGGUCAAGAACAUGGAGGCGUCCAGACCAUCCUCACAAACCCUAGCGACACGGACGACGUUGAGUUCGUUUAUAUGGAGUCCCUGCCGUGGUUCAUGCGAAUAUACCUGCACACCUUGGAGGCUCGGAUUCUUGACCCUCCCAGCGGCAAGCAGCAGGAGGUCAUCCAGGACAUCUUUUACAGGCCGGCACUCGACCGGCAACGAGGGACACAACUUGAAGUGAAGCUUCGCAUCCCGCCCCAGUCCACAGUCUUCUUGACUUAUGACUUCGAGAAAUCUAUUCUGCGGUACACAGAAUACCCGCCCGAUGCGAACAGAGGGUUUGACGUGGCCGGCGCAGUUAUCACCAUUCUGAGUAGUGACAAGUCGACCUCAAACCUCCGGACUACUGCACUACUGCUCAACCUCCCGACCCCGGAUUUCAGCAUGCCAUACAAUGUGAUUAUCUUCACUUCGACGGCUAUAGCCCUGGCCUUUGGGGGCAUGUUCAACCUCCUCGUCCGGAGGUUCGUCGCUGCGGAUGAAGGGCCUGAGGUCACUCUCACCAGGCUGAAGAACAAGAUAAACUCCCGACUCGGGGCUCGCCUCGCAAGCUUAUUUGCAAGAGGCGGGACGUCACAGGUGCAAGCGGUGGACAGUAAGGGAUAG